AAUUCAAAUAAAAAUAUAAUAAUUAGUAAAUUGGUAUGUUGGUAAACGAUUUAAAUAAUUAUCAACACGGACGAUUCGAAAUGACGCGCGAAAUGCAGGAGAAAUCGAAAGAAAAAGUUGACCAACAGAGGCGCUGUGGUUCGAUUCUUGUCCAGAAAAGCGGCUGCGUGAAUGGGAGAAUCAAAGCGUAGACAUAUUCAUGUUCUCAGCCGACGUGAAUACAGUUACACUUUGUUCGUGGUUUCCUGUAGUUCACUGUUAAAGGACCGAUAGAGAGAGCAUACACGGUUCGACAAAAUGGACAUUUAAAGAUUGACGUUUAUCCGGCUGUUAAUAAUCAUACAUACCUACUGUACGGUGAAUUCCAUACAUAGAGGCUCGCGACGUACAUCACCGACAGAACGAAACAUGAUAGGAUUGCGGUUAUGCAGGAUAAAUCAGUAUUUCGGCCCGUGGUAUCCAUAACUCUAUACUGAUGUUGGUUGCUUGUGUCACGAUCCAUUGCAGAAGAGGGAAUCGGUAAGGGGUAGAAGGCAAGAGAGAAGGAUCGCUUUGGUUGGAGGGAGGUCGGCGGGGAGAGAGGGGAAGAGCAGAAAUUCAUCCGAUUGGCGGUCUGGCACCAGUCGGCAGCCCUACCGUCAAAGAGAAGAUGGCCGCUGGGCUCGGUGGAAGUGUCGCCAUUGUUUAGUGUUUAGUUGUUUUACCGUUUCUCGCAUAAUUUUACGGGAAGCACGAUAAAAAUGCCAAGUGCGUCGUUCACAUCGUCGCGCAAUUACGUGCGAAGAUCCCGAAGGAAAGGUGCAAACAGAAUUCCUCUGCCUUCGAGAACCACCUCGGCCGAGCCAUGCGAUUUGCCAUGUUCAGCAUCAAAUCAGAUACCUCCUGGUGGAGGAGUUGGUGGAGGAGGAGGAGGUGGUGGUGGUGGAGGUGGGGGUGGAAGUGGUGGAAGAGGAUCAUCACCCAGUGUUUCUGGAGUUGCAGCACCAUCACCUUCCCCAUCACAUUCUCACUCAUCUCCAUAUGACUUAAGGCGUAAAAGUCCACCUCAUCCAGAUCCUGCUCCUGGCACUAGCUCUGCAUUACCUCCUUCGGGUGGCAGUAGUAUAGGAGCUACUCUUGGUUCUUCCUCUUUGCCAGCAAGAAAACGACCUAGACGAACUUGUUCAUUAUCCACAGAUGGUACAAACACAAAUUCAGCGGCACAUUACCUUCAGUAUGAGUUACCAGAUGAAGUGCUGCUUACUAUAUUUAAUUAUCUAAUGGAACAGGAUUUAUGUAGAGUUUCCCAAGUUUGCAAACGUUUUCAGACUAUCGCAAAUGAUACGGAGCUGUGGAAAUCUCUGUACCAACAAGUCUAUGAAUAUGACUUACCACUAUUUAAUCCUGCACCUUGUAAAUUUGAAUUUGUAUCCCCGGAUGAGUCAGAUUAUCCGAAUCCAUGGAAAGAAAGCUUUAGACAAUUAUACAGAGGAGUGCAUGUCAGGCCAGGAUUUCAGGAUUUGAAGUUUAAAGGACGAAAUUUGCCAUACUUUAAUACAGUUCAGGGAGCAUUAGAUUAUGUAGAUGAAUAUAGAAGCAAUAGCAGCCCUUCAUCAAAUAGCACAACUACAAGUGGUCAAGGAAACUGUUGUGGGAACAAUUCCCAGACAGCAGAAGAAGCACCUCAACAUUUAGUUUUCUUACAUGCUGGAAUAUACAGAGGCGAAUUUCUUGUAAUUGACAGCGACGUUGCAUUAAUCGGAGCAGCACCUGGAAAUGUGGCAGAAUCUGUUAUAUUAGAGCGAGAAAGUGAAUCUACAGUUAUGUUUGUAGAAGGAGCGAAACGAGCUUAUGCUGGUCAUCUUACGUUAAAAUUUACCCCAGACGUUACUAGCACAGUACCGCAUCAUAAACAUUAUUGUUUAGAAGUUGGCGAAAACUGCAGUCCUACAGUUGAUCAUUGUAUCAUUAGAAGUUCGAGUGUUGUUGGAGCAGCUGUUUGCGUAUCGGGCGUAGGGGCAAAUCCUGUGGUGAAGAAUUGUGACAUAUCGGAUUGUGAAAACGUUGGACUCUAUGUCACCGAUUAUGCACAAGGAACUUACGAAGACAAUGAAAUUUCUAGAAAUGCGUUAGCAGGAAUUUGGGUGAAGAACUAUGCAAAUCCAAUUAUGCGAAGAAAUCAUAUUCAUCAUGGUCGGGAUGUUGGAAUUUUUACGUUUGAUAAUGGCCUCGGAUAUUUCGAGGCCAACGAUAUUCAUAAUAAUCGAAUAGCGGGUUUCGAGGUAAAAGCUGGUGCUAAUCCAACUGUUGUGCAUUGUGAAAUACAUCAUGGCCAAACAGGUGGAAUUUAUGUCCAUGAAAAUGGUUUGGGACAAUUUAUCGACAACAAAAUUCAUUCGAAUAAUUUCGCCGGUGUUUGGAUUACCUCCAAUUCAAAUCCCACUAUUCGUAGAAAUGAAAUUUAUAAUGGACAUCAAGGAGGAGUAUAUAUAUUUGGCGAGGGGAGAGGCUUGAUCGAACAUAAUAAUAUUUAUGGUAACGCCUUAGCUGGUAUACAGAUCAGAACAAAUUCGGAUCCUAUUGUUAGACAUAAUAAAAUACAUCAUGGUCAACAUGGUGGUAUAUACGUGCACGAAAAGGGACAAGGUUUGAUUGAAGAAAACGAAGUAUAUGCAAAUACACUAGCAGGUGUCUGGAUAACUACAGGAUCAACGCCGGUAUUAAGAAGAAAUCGUAUUCAUAGUGGAAAACAGGUUGGAGUUUAUUUUUACGAUAAUGGACAUGGAAAACUAGAAGACAAUGAUAUUUUCAAUCAUUUGUAUUCAGGAGUACAAAUAAGAACUGGAAGUAAUCCAGUAAUACGAGGAAACAAAAUAUGGGGUGGACAAAACGGUGGCGUUCUUGUGUAUAAUAGCGGAUUAGGCUUACUCGAACAAAAUGAAAUUUUUGACAAUGCAAUGGCCGGAGUUUGGAUUAAAACUGAUAGUAAUCCUACGUUAAAAAGAAACAAAAUAUUCGACGGGCGAGAUGGUGGGAUUUGUAUAUUUAAUGGCGGCAAAGAGGAGAAUGAUAUAUUUCGCAAUGCUCAAGCAGGAGUGCUUAUUUCUACACAGUCACAUCCUGUCUUGAGGAGAAACCGGAUUUUUGAUGGAUUAGCAGCUGGCGUUGAAAUAACAAACAAUGCCACAGCUACGUUGGAAUUUAAUCAAAUUUUCAAUAACAGAUUCGGUGGUCUAUGUUUAGCAAGUGGAGUACAACCGACAACUAGAGAUUCUUUUGUGACUGCGGUGCUGGAACAUUGAGUAAUCAGUGUCAACUUCAGGGUGAACCUACUCAAGAUACAGAUACAUUAUAUGAUAGUGCAGCACCAAUGGAGUCACAUACACUUAUGGUCAACUAGGAACUAACGUAAACUAAAUAAAAGAAUCAGUCGACACUGAAUCUGUAAGUCCAACAUGUUGCAAAGAAGUAAUUUAUUGCAGAGUUCUUUAUUAUGACACUUGUUCCUUUGUGUCCCUCGUUGUGAUUGUUAUUUUGUAAAGCUACCGUUAUUGUUAACGUAUUACAAUUGAUAAUUUCAUCGUCGUUAUCGUUAGUUAAUUCAUUUUCAUUACCAUCGCGAUGAAUAAAAUUAUCACGUCAUUAUUUCAUUAUUUUGUAAGAUUAACCGUGUAAGUCACUCAAGACAAAGCUGAAAUAUUUUCAAAACGAUUAAUUAUAUAAAAAAAAUAAUUUAGACGAAAAGUCGAAUGGUUUCGGAAGGACUAUCAAACAUAAAGAAAAAGAACAAGCUGGAUCUUUAAAUGUGCAUCCAUAUUAAAAAAUGAUAAUUAUAUGAGUUAAUGCCCCUCUAGAAAUUAUUAAAUUUUUUGUCCAAAAAAUUUCUUAAUAUGAUCAAUCGUUUCAAAAAUAUCUGUCUCUAGUCUUGGACGAUUCAUCCGAUACUCGUGUAAAAUACAAAUUCUAGAUCAUCGUUUUCAUCUUCAUCGUCGUUGUUAUUAUCAUUAUCAUUGUCAUCGUCGUCAUCAUUAUUAUCGAGGGAUAGUAUACUUUUUAUUUAAAAAAAUUCAUACUCUCUGUUCCAAUGUAUAUCUUAAUACGAACAGAUAUAUGUCAGUAAACAUAUUCGUGCUCGAUCAGAGAUAAAGGAACAUCUUCUAUUUGUAAUUUCGUAAUACGUCCAUUGGAAGGAAGAACAAUUGCAAGCAGAUUGUUUUCUUCUCUCUUUUGCUUUUUUCAUUACUCCUUGUUGAAAGCGACUUUAAAAGAUCAAGAUUCUGUUUCUAACGAUUAUAUAAUAAAGAACUCCGCAACGAAAAGGGGGAAAGAAAGAAAAGAAGAAAGAUGUCGAUGAUCAAGAAAUACAAGUGACAAUGGAUUUCUUACGUAAGCAAGCUAUUAAUUAGAUAACAUCCAGUUUAUUUAAACGUGUCAAAAAAACAAAGUACUGCGGUUGAACGUUAAUUGACAACCGGAGACAUGCCACAAACUCUUUCAUGUGACUCUUUUCAUCAAAUCACCUUAAUCCUUGACUUCGCGUGUAAAGCAAGACACAAGUGCAGUGAACCUGUGAAAAGUUAAGUUAAAAGGAAGAAAAAAAGAACGCGUAUAUGAACACGUGACAGUCGUGACAAGAUAUAUCAAGAAAAACUGUUUAAAAACAAUGAAGAAAUCCGUGCAACAUUGAUGCAUUGAUAAGGAGAGACAGUUCUCUAUGCUUCACGGUAAAACACAGUGCCGCGUAUGUAAAUUGUGUAUAAUCGUAUGGUUAAUAAACGCGAAUGGGCAGUAACAUUAAACAAAUGACAUUAAACGAAUGUUACUCGAAGAAGAGAAAUCUAUUAACAUCAAAAUAAAAUUGUGAGGAAGACACGUUACAAAAGAUUUAUACUCAGAAUCGAAUGAAACUUAAUACACUAGUGCAUUAAGACAGGAGAAAAACACGAAAAAGGUGAAUAUUGUGUAUUCAUACCAAUGUAUGAAUUGUAGGUUAUAAUAAUCAAGUCGGAUAGCUCGAGGAUUAAAUAUUGGAAGAAGGAAAUAAAUAAUUGGCAACGCUCGCGGAUAAAAAGAAAAA